AGAGGCUGUUUUUCCAAAUCUUGUGUGGAUCUCCUUCCUAUAACACCUAACUUAUUAUCUGAAACAAGGUUGAGCAACAAGACUAGAGCUUUCAGUCAAUACUAACUCAAAGUGACUCUCCCCAUGCUGUCUCAGAGAAAUCAACAACUCUAUACUAAUAGACACUGCUGAGCACUUCUAUCAUUAUCAGUAAUAUUGAACCAAGAUCAUUUAUUU